UUGCUAGCAGCACUGCACUUUGAGGGCACGGAAGUCUUGUCUCUGGCGGUCAGGUUCGGCGAAGCAGUGAGAGGCAGGUUCGCAAUCCCUGCAGGGAUUCUUCCUGCUUAAAACUUGCCGAGAAUCGCCAAGAAGUGGGCGACAAGCUGGGCUCAAACCCUUUAGUGCUGCCCGUUGCCGAAGUCCUCUUGUAGUCCCUUACAUGCGUGUGGCCAGACCUUUGCAGCAGAACGCCGAGACUUCAACGGCAAGGGGUUUCCUGGCCAAGUUUUGUGUGUGAUUGGUUCCUUCUUAGUGAAUGCCCCGCUUCAUAAGGUGGCGACGUCCUCAAACGCUCCUCUCCAUUUAUGCAUAGCACGUCCCCUACAGCUGCAGACUCUAAUUCAGACAAUCUUUCCUCGGGUUGGCCUCACACUCCCCACCAUGGCGCACUGACUCCCAAUGCCGCGGCUAGCCCCGCAGGACCUCCUGUGUUCCCGAAGCCGCAGAAUGCAAGCUUGGCAGGCAGGAGGGCAGGUGCAGCAGGCAAUGGCGGCGGCGGCGCUCUCGAGGAGCAGGGCCAGGUAUUGCAGAAGCGGACUGCGGAGCUGCCCCAUGCGGCAGCCACAGGGGCUGCGCUCAAUCCGUUCGCUCAAGAGUUCCGGCCUGGGGCGCCUUCCUCCAAUGUGGCCAAUCAGCCAUGGGCGCAAAAGGGGCUGCUGCCAGCACCAAGCAGGGGCAGAAAAGAAGCGGUGGUCAAUGCUCGGACCCCAGGCGUUGAGGCGAGGUCCCAGCAGAUGGCAUUGGGCCCGGCUGGCAGGCGGGGCAACGUCCAGGGCAGUCCUGCAAAGUCUGGCGGCAGAGCGGCCAAUGCCACGACGAUCAAUGCUCCCCCUCGAGUGACCGGGUGGGAAGUACAGAGUACACGGCCGCUGUCGGGUUCCUCCGGGGGGCCAGGUAGAGCGCCUGCAAGCACACCUCCGGGGGGCCUCUCCUCUGCUCUGCAGAAUCGCCCCGGUGCAGUGGCCGUACCUGAGCAUCCGCCCCAGCCGCGUGGAGAAGCCUCUGCGGCUGCCGGCGCGGCUCAAGCACGGCGUGGGCAGGCGGUGAACGCCAAUUUCCUGCUCAACUUCAAGUAUGAGGAGCACAGGCGGCAGCCCCCUGCACGGCACCCGCCGCCGCCCCGGCGCCGAGAGAGGCUGAAGCCGUACAACAAGGAGCUGUUCCUGCAGGCAAACUUCCGCUUCCUGGUGUCCGACCUGUCGGACUACUCUGCCGCGGUGCGCGACCCUGACCGCAUGCUGGACUGGGAGGACGUGGCGGCGGUGGAGGUGCUGGCGCCGGCCGCGCUGCAGUGCCCCAUCUGCCUGGAGCAGCCGCCCUGCUGCCCGCAAAUCACGCUGUGCGGCCACAUCUUCUGCUUCCCCUGUCUGCUGAGAUACUUGACGCAGGGGGAGGCCCUCGCGGUGGACUACAAGGGUGACGGGCCGUGGAAGAAGUGCCCCCUCUGCUUCACCCUCAUUGCCAUCAAGGACCUGCGCACAGUGAGCAUCCGGUCGGUUCCUCAGUACAACCCCGGCGACCGCAUUCGCUUCACCCUGCUCACACGUGCCAAGGGGUCUAUUAUCCCGUUUGAGAGGGCGGAGGCCGACAGGCCUAUCAACCCGUCCCCAACUGCCCUGUGCUACUCCGACGACGGGAAGUGCGCCCUAUUUGCCAAGUUCACACUGACGUCGUCGAUCGAGGGCGUGACCCGCACUGCGACGCAGGCGCUGACGGCCCUGGCGGACCGCACGGCGGAGGGCCUGCUGGAGGACCCUGACGCGCUGCCGUUCAUCUAUGGCGCCAUGGACCACCUGCAGGCGCGCGCGCAGGCCUGGGCGGAUCACCGCAGCGCCGCCUUUGUCGCGUCAAGCCCGCCCGUGCGGCAGCGCAUCCUGGCGCAGAAUGGCGCAGGGGAGCAGAAGCUGCUCGGGAAGAGCCCCCGCGACCUGGCCAAGGCACUGGCCGGAACUCCAGCGAGUGAUGCCGGGCUGGGGAGGGGCGCAAGCGAGACUGCGGCAGAGGGAACAGCCGCUGCAACGGGUUGGGGCGAGCUGGAUCCUGGCAAUAGCGAAGUGAAGCAACGGGGCGCAUGGGUGUACGAGGAUGCAUUCUCUGACGCAGGGUCAGAGGAGAGCGGGGAGGCGCGCUCGGUGGAGGGCCGCAAGGAGUCGGCGUUGAAGACUAUCGAGGAGGGGCUGGCCGGGCGCAAGGGCGCGCAGACUUCCGACGACGACGGCUCGGCCACCGAGUCGGGCAGCGACCAGGAAGGCGUACUCGCAGGGUUUGCGCCGGACGGGACACGGCGGCGCAAAAAGCGGCUGCCCAAGGUGCCAGAGGACAGCGGGAGAGGGGCCGGCGCGGCAGCGGGAAACAAAGACGGCGAGGGGGAGGAGGAGCGCGCGUGGUACUGCUUCUACCAGUCGGCGGAUGGGCAGCCGGUAUUUUUGCACCCGCUGAGCAUGAAGUGCCUGCUGGCGCACUACGGGCGCUACGAGGCGCUGCCGCCCGCGCUGGAGGCGGGCCUGGUGGAGGCGGAGGCGGGGACCAUGGCCAGCGAGAGCACGCGCAAAAAGUACCGCUACCUCAGCCACCUCAGCCUCACCGCCGCCUUCACGCUCGCCGAGGUGGACCUCCGCCCGCUGCUCCCCGCCUCCGCCUUCGCCCCUUUCCUUGACGAGAUCACCGCGCGCGAGCGGCGGCGUGCGCGCGCAGAGAAGCAGGAGCGCGAGCAGGCCGCCCGGCAGGCGCGCCAGCAGGCGAUCGCGGCCGCCCAGGCGAACGAGCGUAGUCGCCCGCCCGCCCCCGAGGACUUUGCGGCACUGCUGAGCGCCAUGGAGGAGGCGGACCUGGAGGCCGCCCUGGCAGCCAGCGGGGGGGCGGCGCCGCAAGGUGCCAGCCCGCCCGCUGCCUCGCCUGCCCCCUCGGUCCCCAUCGCUUUCUCCGCUGUCACUAAGAUGGGCUACGCUUCGGCGUACGACGCUCCUGCUCUCCAUCCGGCCGCACCGGCGGGGCAGGCGGGUCCGAGUGGCUCCACCCCGCCCCGGUGGGGGCCCCCUGCCAGCCCCACAGGCGCGCCGGUCUCGUUUGCGGCUAAGGUGCAGGCCGAAAAGGGUAAGGAGGUGGCGCAAGAACCGAGCGUGCAGCAAAGCGGAGAGGGGCCUACAAGCGGCAAGAAGAACAAGAAGGGGCCCAAAAUGCUGCUCUCAACGGGGAGCGCUCGUAGGUACUAAAACCGUAACUGCAGAUUCUACAUGGUCGUUUCAUUGCUGCGUAAGCGCAUCGCACUGAUGGUCCGAGCACACCACCGUGACAGGUGGGUCAGAUCAGAAACAGCCAAAGGCUCGCUCAGGAUCAAUGUCUGCAAGAACUGCUUCUCACUGUGAAGCGGCUUGAUAAGGUGCUGAGUCCUUGUGUCAUCAGCAAGCUACCCAGUAUUGGGGCGACCCAAGAUUUAAGUACACUCGCAUGUAUCACGGUCAAAUAUACGAUAUUGAUGGGACCAAGUUGUCGGUUCAACAGCACGUAAGACAUUAAAAUCUACGUCACGUGAAGCACAUCACGAAACUAUGUACGUAUCCAUCAUCCAACCUGAAGGUAACGUCUGCCGCGUGUACG